AUUUUCGCGUUCUUUAGCGAUUGGAGCGAAAAUUGCGGAAACGAUCUUUGUGUAUUAGAUCUUUAAAUAACCAGGAGACUCAUAACUAAAUAUGAAACUAGUAAGGUUUCUGAUGAAACUUAGUCACGAAACGGUGACUAUUGAGCUGAAGAAUGGCACACAAGUACACGGCACGAUCACAGGCGUGGAUGUUGCGAUGAACACUCACCUGAAAGCGGUUAAAAUGACGAUCAAAAACCGUGACCCUGUCACUCUGGACUCGCUGAGCAUUCGGGGCAACAACAUUCGUUACUACAUUCUGCCGGACAGCCUGCCGCUCGAAACGCUGCUGAUCGACGAUGCGCCAAAAACGCGAGCAAAGAAACGCGAAGCAAACCGCGGUGGUCCUCGCGGAAGAGGCAGAGGCACACGCGGCGGCCGUGGUGGGCCACGAGGUGGUCGUGGUGGAGGACGCGGUCGCGGCAGACGCUAGACUUUGGGACACAUCUGCGCGCCACGAUGCUAGCCAUAAGGAUCUACUUUCUCUUUACGUUAGGAGUCACAAUCAUUUCGUGGCUACGAAAGCUGGGGGUCGAGAAGCUGUAAAACGGAUACUACAUGUAAAAACGGGCUCAUUUAACAAAACCAACAUUCUCUGUGUCCAGUUAGUGUAAAAUGUAUUUAACAGUCACACACCAUUCACGAGCACGUACAGACCGUACACAAGAAAGCAAAUGAAAAAUAGGCAAGCAGCAACUGCG